AUGUUUAUUCGGGAAAAGCAUCCGUUAUCAAUACGUGUAUCGGAAAAAUCAUCCGUUAUCACUACGUAUAUCGGAAUUUUAUUUUUAAACCAUGUUUAUUGUAUUUUCACUUGUGACCCUUCAAAUAAUACUGCUGCAAACAAAGAAUU